UCAAAAAUUGUUUUGAAAUGGUAAACAAAGAACACAUUUUUUAGUGUUUUCAAUAUUUUUUGGAGAUAAAAGUGUUAAUCGUAUUCUUUACAUCAUGGAGAAUUCGUUUUUCGAGUAUCGUGAUAAAACUGAAAUGGACAGUGAUUCAGAUUCCGAAAUUAUUGACAAUAGUUUGGUUGUAGCCCAACCUUUCUCAUCAGCAAAAACACCUAACUCUAAGAAUAGGACUGUAUUUGUAGCAGAAUCCGAAGAAUCUACUUCAGAUGAAACAGACCAAGAAGAUAAUGAACCGUUAUCUAAACUGAAGUCCGUGGUCGAAAGAAGCAGUGUUCAAAACCAGCAUGUAGUUUUAAGCAGCGAUGAUGAUGGUAGCAAUAGAGGUAGCAUUAGAAGGCAGUCUCCAUCAUCACCAAACAAAGUAGUUCUUAGCUCAUCAGAUGAAGAAGAAGAGGAAGUAUCCCCAGAGCUGGUGCCAAGACGUCGGCCUCCGAUGAGGCCCAAGUCCAUCGACUCAAAUUCCGACUCAUUCAUCGGACGCUUCAAAUCAAAGAAACGUAUGAUCCUCAUGGAUUCUGACACUGAAAAUUCUAUAGUUAUAGAACACGACAAAAACAGAAAAGUUAAAUGUUUAAAAGACACACCGCUAAAAAUUGAUAGUGGUAAAAAAGUUGCUAUUGCAAAAAGUGAUGACAAUAUGAGCGGGGAUGAUGAGAGUGAUGAAGCUAGUACUGAGGACGAUGAAGACAAUGAUGAGGACGAAAAUGGCGAUGAUGAUGAUGAUGAUGACGGGCCUGACGAGGAUCAGAUGGUGAUGUCCCGAGCGACGCGGAUGAGUAUCAUGGGCGUCGCACCGAAGAAUGGUGACAGUGAUGAUGAAUCUGACUUUAUACAGUCUGAUGAUAGCAAACCAAAUUCUCGUGUCGGUUCCGCGUGUAGUUUCAACGAUUUGCCUGACGUCAGUACGUGUAUACGAAAAUCUCAGAAAACGGACCAAAAAGAAAAUAAACAUGACGAAGAAGAAAAUUGCUCCGAAGCAGAGCAAGACACGUCUAGGCUUACUUGUUCCCCAUUCACUAGUCCAUUGAAGGAUAUCACCAACGAUGGAAAUAAGAAUACAAACAGCCAAAACAUUUCUAUAAUAGAUUUGGACUUGAAAGAAAAUGACUCUCAAGAACUGAAAAAUAAGGUCUUAAGUAACUUGGUGCAAGAGCAUUCGUACAACAAGAAUGCUCCUGAUGAUGAUGAUGAUGUCACUAUCAUUGAUAGCAAGCCGGAAAUUAUAGCGCUGAGCAGUGAUGACGAGGAGGAUGUGACGACGGAAAAAAAGUCGCCGACCCUCAAAAAGUCGCCCAGCAUCAAGAAGUCGCCCAAAGCGAAAGACGAAGACACCUCAAGCCAGAGCCGCAAUGGGAACCCCUCAAUCAAGCAGUUCUUGGCGCCACCCAGCUAUCCAAACCAGGUGGUGUACGUCAAGAAGCACGUUCGGGAAAACGAGCUCAGCAAGCUUAACAGCUUGAAGGAGGACCUGCACAACAUCAGGAAUCUGCUGGAAAACAUGGACGUCAGCACAUUACCGGACGGUGGCGUCCGGCUCAUAGAAAGAUUGUCCGCGCUGGAGGGAGAGGUUCGCCGUCAGGGGGACAAGGUGGCCAAUAUGCUGGUCGAGCCAGACCAGCCUACGGCCGAGGAGAUCGCCCGGGAUGGGUUCGACAAGGGCCUAUCAUGGGACGACAUCCAAAAGGCCAGCAACGCCGUGCAACCGCGCAUGUUCGGCAAACAGGCCAUGGCGACCCACAUGGCGGAGCGCAACUUAAUCCUGGACCGCCUGCGUAUCUUACACGAGUCGCUGGCCACGCGGCCGCCGGAGCAGGCGCAGGCCUCCGCCCCCGCCGCGCUGCGCUCCAGCCUCAUGCCGCACCAGCGCCACGCGCUCGCCUGGCUGCGCUGGCGGGAGACGCAGCGCCCCUACGGCGGGAUCCUGGCCGACGACAUGGGUCUGGGCAAGACGAUCACGAUGAUCUCGCUGAUCCUCACCGACAAGGAGGCGAGCAUCGACGACGACGACGACGACGAGGAAGCAAAGGGCAAAAACAAAAUGACGCGCGGCGGCACUUUAGUAGUGUGCCCGGCGUCUCUCAUGCAGCAGUGGGCGGGUGAAGUGACGUCACACUGCACGCCACAUGCGCUGUCGGUAUGCUUACAUCACGGAGCCGCCCGCGCUGCCCAGCCGCACCGCCUGGCUGCUAGCGACCUCGUCGUCACUACGUAUAAUAUCCUGCAGCGAGACGCCGAGAAGAACGGGGUCCUGAUGCGCGUACGCUGGCGGCGCGUGAUCCUAGACGAGGCGCACAUCGUCCGCAACCACAAGGCCGCCACGUCUUUGGCCGUCAGCGCGCUGCCCGGCCGCCGCCGCUGGUGCCUCACGGGCACCCCCGUGCAGAACAAGGACCUGGACCUCUUCGCGCUCAUGAAGUUCCUGCGCGUCACGCCCUUCGACGACCUCGCCAUGUGGAAAAAGUGGAUCGACAACAAAAGCCAAGGCGGGCAGGAGCGUCUCAGCACGAUCAUGCGGUGCAUCCUGCUGCGACGCACCAAGCAGCAGCUGCAGGACGCCGGCCAGCUGGCCUGCCUGCCGCCGCGCUCCGCCCACCAGCGGCCCGUCACGCUGGCGCCGCAGGAGAUGCAGGUCUACCAGAAGGUAGGCAGGACACGCAGGACUACCAGGAGACAGGCAGCAGGGCAGGACUACCAGGAGGUAGGCAGGACACGCAGGACUACCAGGAGACAGGCAGCAGGGCAGGACUACCAGGAGGUAGGCAGGACACGCAGGACUACCAGGAGACAGGCAGCAGGGCAGGACUACCAGGAGGUAGGCAGGACACGCAGGACUACCAGGAGACAGGCAGCAGGGCAGGACUACCAGGAGGUAGGCAGGACACGCAGGACUACCAGGAGACAGGCAGCAGGGCAGGACGCCGGCCAGCUGGCCUGCCUGCCGCCGCGCUCCGCCCACCAGCGGCCCGUCACGCUGGCGCCGCAGGAGAUGCAGGUCUACCAGAAGGUGCUGGUGUUCUCCAAGACGCUGUUCGCUCAGUUCCUGCACCAACGCGCGGAGAAGCAGGCGGACGCGGGCGGCUUCGUGCCGCCGGAGAAGGACUCCGCCUACGCCGCCAUGCACAAGAAGAUGAUCGCGCUGCAAGGCGCAAAACCGGUCAAAUCCCAUGAAAUUCUCGUACUCCUGCUGCGGCUGCGGCAAGUGUGCUGCCACUGCGGACUCAUCGCGAGCAUGCUCGACGCAGAGGGAGCGGCCAGCGACGACCCGGCCGGCGCCGACCUGCUGGCCGAGCUGGACAAGCUCACGCUCGACGACGCCCGGGCUGGCAGGGAGGUCAGUAGUAACCGAGACAACAAAGAGAAUGAGGAUGAUGGUCCUGAAGAGAGCACGACCGUGGCCGAAGCCAUCCGCUCGGUACUGGCGCCCAAUAACCCGGUGUUUGACCUGGCGCGUCAGUCCUCCAAGAUCAAGGCCGUCAUGGACUGCCUCAGGGAAAACGUCUUCAAGAAUAAAGAUGAGAAAGCAGUAGUGGUGUCGCAGUGGACGUCAGUCCUUCGCCUGGUGGAGCAAGAACUCAAGCGCAUGAAGAUCCGCAGCGUGACUCUGAGCGGGAACGUGCCCGUGGGCGCGCGCCCGCCGCUCAUCGCCGCGCUCAACCAGCCCGGCUCCGGAGUGCAGGUGAUGCUCCUAUCGCUGUGCGCUGGCGGCGUGGGCCUCAACCUGUGCGGCGCCAACCACCUGCUGUUAUUGGACCCGCACUGGAACCCGCAACUGGAGCAGCAAGCGCAGGACCGCAUCUACCGCGUGGGGCAGAAGAAACACGUGCACAUAUACAGGUUCAUGUGCGUGGAUACAGUAGAGCAGAGCAUCCGCAAGCUGCAGGAAGCGAAACUGGAACUGGCCGAGAACGUUCUGACGGGCGCCAAGCACACCAACUCCAAGCUGUCCAUCGACGACCUCAAACUGCUCUUCAAUAUGGGGCAGCCGGGCUCUUAACCAAGGGGGCUAUACUACGGUCAACAUGGGGCAUCCUGGGUUUUAAGACCCCUUCUACAGGCUAAUACUACGGUCAAUAUAGGGCAUAGUGUAAAAUACGGUAGUUGACACCACUAGUCAAUCGUUAUACUUUUUGUUAGCUGUCCCUUUUUAUAAAACGCCACUCUCCUACAGAUUUUGGAUAGGCAAUAGCAAAGGUAAAAUGACGUCACUAAUUCGCGAACUCAAUUGAUUUUAAAGCUAUGAAUUUUACAGCAAACUGAAAACUAACUGCUUUCAGGGCAACAAUGUUUUGUUAGAUAAGUAUUGUGUUAUUAUAAGUAAUGGUGUCAACUAUCCAAUUGGUUGAUCCAAUUCUAAAACACCUCAUUUCGUAGGGUGAUGCCCAAGCGAUAGAAAGUAUCUUACAGAGGAAUAUUAUGGUCUUUUAUAAUGUUUUUCGAAAGCCUCCCGGCUUGGGGCGAUUCCAAUGGGAACCUUCCGACUUACUUAAUCCUACCCACCGUUUACCACCUUUUCAUUGACCCAAAUAAUUCGAGCAUUUAAGAUAAUGUAAAUAUAAUUAACAUUAGUGCCAUAAAAUAGUAUGUAAUGAAAGAUAAUAACUCUUAAAAAUGACAUGUAAUAAUAGCAACUCCAUUCCAAUUAGUAAUUGACCCACUUAGCAUUUUGAAUUUUAUAAAUGACAAUAACUGUAAAUAUUUUAAUGAAUAAUUCUAGUUUAACUUUAGAAAUGUUAAUUGAAUCUCACGGCCUCAGUUUGUCCACAAAGAUAUUUUCAUUUCGUCAUAAAAUAGUUGAAGUGAUAUAUUAUGAGGUCGUUUGUCUGCGUGUGUAUCAAACUAGCGCCGCGGUUAUAUUUUAACGUUGAUCUUUGCUCCGAGAAAUUGUUACAAAUUGGCCGCGCGCUAACUCAGCCCAUGAGCCGGUUCAUUACGAUGUUAUAAUAGGAAUAAAUGUCUUGCAAAUGAGUGUCGUAAUUUCGUCCUAUGUUAAUGAAUAUUUUGAAUAAUGAUAGCAAAUAUUUUAAGACAAGUUUAAAAUAUAUUAUGUUAAUUUGUUUAUA